AGUUGGAUCCAGGAAAACGAUACCAUCGCACCGAAGUCGGCGGCCGAGCUCAUAGUCAUACGGGCGAUCGAACAGGCGAACAACAACAACAACACGCAUGAGAAGCAACAAGGGUUCUCCUGGGAAUGGUCUUCUUUUCUUAGGCCCUUGUACAUCUGUGCACCCAUGUGACUGCCUAUAAAGACACUGUGGCAAGCUGUACGGCCCCAUGCACAGCCAACCUAAGCUAAGAACUGUGAACUUUAGCAGCAUUAAUAGCCCCAAGAAGACAUGGACUACCUGUAACUGUAGAAAAUGACCUCGACCGCGGAACUGUAGCAUGGCAAAACGUACUCGCUGGAAUCCUGAAGGCCGACAGUGCGAAUCAUAGAUUAAUGUAUUGGAUGCUCAUAAAUCUGGAAACCAAAGUAACGUCAGUGCUUGAACCAACACCGAGUGACAAAGCAACAAAUGUGAGAUCAGUGCUUGGACCAAAACCGAGUGACAGGCAACAAAAGUGAGAUCAGUGCUUGGACCAAAACUGAGUAACAGGCAACAAAAGUGAGAUCAGUGCUUGAACCAAAACUGAGUGACAAGCAACAAAAGUGAGAUCAGUGCUGGAACCAAAACCGAGUGACUGACAAGAAAAUUGACACCAGUGCUGGAACCAGGAUUGAGUGACUGGCACUCUGAAAAGCAAUGUGAAUACUGCAACCAAAUGAAUCUUGCACUGUAUUAAGAAAAAGCAUGUGAAUACUGCAUUGUAUUCUCCACCAGAAUGCUGCUAAGUAGAAACUAGGUGAAAGAUACAAGUACAUACAGUGAAACCAGAAUGACUUGAAUCCUUAGAGCCAGUGCUAAAACUAAGUCUGUGUGCAAGGAAUAGAGCGAAGUAAAACGCAAGAACAGGAAAGUUUCACAUGUCUUGGAAGGAUCUCUGCGCAUAAUACUGAGGCAUAGGAAGCCAGGAUUUCUGUGAAAUUAUGUGUGGCUUCUCUCUUAGGUAAUCUUGACCUGGGAAACUUGAGGAAGUUUUUGAGGUUCUGAUUCAUACACUUGCAUAUCCAUGGUAUGUUUCUGUCGUGCUCAGAACGAGAGGGUCUUGAUCGGACUUUGUUUUACAGUUGAAAAGAAAACUUUUUUUGUCAUGGUGAAAAAUAGUUGUGAAGUUUGAUAUCACGCUGGCAGUAGCUCUUUUUGCGCACUGCAAAUUUAAAAAUAUUUUUGGUGUGUUUUUAUUAUUCUACAAGAUAUCAUCUACAUGAUCUGUAUGGUUUAUAUAUAUAAAGUGUGCUGGCACAGCUAUUGCCGUACUUUUGUACGGCCUUCAUGUUAAACUGUUCAAGGAAGUGUGUAUCGGUUGGAGUGCAAACUUUUAUGUGUGUAUGUCUGUUUUGGGAUAUGCCAAUGGUGCAAUAAAAUUUAAUUCUGUGUGAAGAGCUCAGAUAGGGGAGCUCACUCUUCAGUACGUGUCAAAAUGACAGGGAAAACCUCCAAGUGCACAAAAGAAAAUGUGUUCAAGGUUGCUGCUGUCACCACGGUGAUUCUGAUCAUCCUGCAGUUUGGUGUCAGUUCGAUUUUUUACCAGUAUUACCAUCCUUUGGCUGUGUUAGUGUCAUCGAAAAUUGCCCCUGUUGGUAAACAGAACUCUUCAGGAGAAUUUGUAGACAUUAGAGACUUCAUUGUCAGCGGACAGUUGCGACACAAGGACCGUUUGGGCAUAGCUAGUCCCUCACUAAAUGCCAAUGCCAGCUUACCAAGGAAAGACGAGGCUUGUCCUUUUAUACCACCAAAUUUACGUGGGGCAGUGUCUGUGGACAAAUCCAUAAAAAGCUACGAUGAAAUAAAGGCUAACUAUCCCGAUCUAUUGCCUGGUGGCCGAUGGAAACCCAAGGACUGUGUGUCUCGUCAUCGUGUUGCCAUUAUCAUCCCAUAUAGAGACCGAGAAGCUCAUCUCAAAGUCUUUCUGCAGCACAUGCACAAGUUUUUACAAGACCAACAGCUGGAUUAUGGCAUAUAUGUCAUAGAACUGGCUAUGCCAACCAAGUUCAAUAGAGCAAUGUUGAUGAACAUUGGGUUUGUUGAAGCGUUGAAGCUGUAUGACUACCAGUGCUUUGUUUUCCACGAUGUGGAUUUGAUACCAGAAGAUGAGAGGAAUAUAUAUUCAUGCCCUGAACAGCCCAGGCACAUGUCUGCUGCCGUAGACACCAUGGGCUACAGGCUACCUUAUGAGGCUAUAUUUGGAGGGGUUAGUGCAUUGACCAAAGAUCAAAUGAAAAACGUAAAUGGUUUUUCAAACAAGUUUUUUGGCUGGGGUGGAGAAGAUGAUGAUAUGCACAAUAGGAUUGUAGCAAAGGGCUAUAAAAUUAUACGUUAUCCAAUAAAAGUGGCUAGAUACAAAAUGCUGUCACACAAAAAAGAUAAAGCCAAUCCUGAAAGGAUGGGUCUUUUAUAUCAGGGCCGAAAGCGCUUCGCCUCUGAUGGUUUAAAUAGUUUAAAAUACAAAGUGAAUAAAGUUGAGCUGAGGCCUUUGUACACCUGGGUCUAUGUGGAAAUAAAUGAAGAGGAAGUGAAAAAGCAACUGGAAAAGGACCAUGAGCUAGCACAUCGAAGACAGCCUAGAGUGUAAUUCCAGAGACUACUGGGUGCAUCAAAACCAGGAAUUCUGACAGUGGCGUUCUUUAUUUAAUGACGAAAUUACAUUUAACUGUCCCAUGACGUUCUCCAGCCUUUGUGUGUAGACCUGGAAAGAGGAAGGCUGUAAGUGGUUCACACAAUACUUACCUGUUGACAAAUGUCCCACAUAGUCUUAGCUUUCACCUUGUUAGGAAAAAUUGACAUUGCUUCACCAAGAUUGGUAACCAAGAUGCCAGAGUGGUGAUUUCAACGAUCUUCAAGACACCACAAGUGUGGAAGUCAACGCUGAUUGACAGGGGAAGCCAUCAGUGAUACCUGUUGAUGGCAAUGACACCAUUUUGGUAGUGGUGAUAAUUUUGUCAUUAUAUGCGGAUGGUGCAAUUGCCAUUAUUUAUACUGAUAGAGAAAUUGUCAGCAUUUGACAGCUGUGAACGAUGCGUAGUGAGGUUGUCAGUCUCUACUUACAGUGUCAACAUUUACAGAUGCUGGAAUUGUCAGCAUUUACUGAUGCUGGAAUUGUCAACAUUUACUGAUGCUGGAAUUGUCAACAUUUAUCGUUUUAUCAUUUGUCGUCAUUUUCCCGUGGAAAAGUUGUCAGCAUUUACAGAUGCUGGAAUUGUCAUUUUCUCAUAGAGAAGUUCUCAACAUUUACAGAUGCUGGAAUUUUCGUCAGUUUCUCAUAGAGAAGUUGUCAGCAUUUACAGAUGCUGGAAUUUUCGUCAUUUUCUCAUAGAGAAGUUGUCAGCAUUUACUGACAUUGGUUCUAUCAGCAUUCACUGGUGAUGGCUUAUCAUCAUUCAAUAAUGGUGACAGAUAGCAGUAUUAUCAGCAUUCAUUGACAUUGGUAAGGGCUAAUUGUUUGGAGUUAGGGGUUAUUACAGUUAAUUCUCAACUGAUAGUCAGAGUACCAGUUUGUCACUUGCAGUGCAGUUCCUAACGCAGAACUAUUAAAAGAGACCACCUCACAGCACUCGCACAAGAUUUCUGGAAGCAAGAAGAGUGGAGUACGCAAAAGGCCAUGUUCCCGCGGUUAUAUUAUUAUUGCUCAUUGCCUUCUUAUGUUAAAGUCUUUUCAAAGUGUCACAGCCAGAAGUUUGGUUGGCUGAUAAUUGACGUUGUUCAGGUAAAAAGACUUUUUCCUCAUGAGAUUUCAGACAAAAGACAGGUUCAUGUGAGCUACUCUUGUCGGGCUGUACACUGACACAACAGACUGUUCAAACACGACAGACAGAUCCUCAGGUUACUCCCUUGAUGGCGUUUUCUAUGACAUCAGGCACCAGGAACGAGAAAAAAUUGAAGAGGAUUUGUGUGUGUUUUAUGCUGAGAUGGUGUGUAAAUAUACUGCCUGCUGUUGUACAUCGUUGUUACGUGCAAUAACAAGAUGUGCUGUAUGUUUGUGCAUUGUGAUUGUAGGAAAGUAUAUUGUAUUAAUGUGUGUGUGUGUGUGUGUGGCUGUUUGAAGAGAUCUUUCUGAAACAUGUACGAGCUAACAAAUUUGCGGAUGUUUUGUAAACUAAAAUCAACGGAAGUAAUGUGACAUACGUCCUCUUCAUUCUUUGGAGUGACAAUUCAUGUGUGAGUGCAUUGUUAAAAGUCGGACAGACAGAUGUAGCGUGCCUUUAACCUGUCAGAGGCUAAUUAACUGUGACUAAUUAACCUGUAGACCUGCAUGCACAUGUCCAUGUGUGAUAAUUGGGUCAAGUGUCUGAACUACCACACAGGAAAUUGCCUGCCUGCAUGUCAAUCUACAGAGUGCUACAGUGUUC